AUGUUCAACGCCCCGCGGCCCACACACGCCAACUACACCGGCUUCGGCGGCUCCUUUGUCGACGAGUCUGCCAACCCCCUCGCCGCGAGCGCGUAUGACGAUGGUCUGGAUCCUUGGUCGGGUAAUCCGUCGCCGGCUCCGCCGCCUGUAGGGCCGGUGUUUGCUACUUCUAUCUCGGAGGCCAGUGUGCCGAGUGUGUAUAUUGCUGCAUUUGGCGCUGUGGAUCCGGCUGGGAGCGGCGAGUGCUCGGUCAAUGCGCUCUCCAGGGUGUUGGCCACCUCGGGGCUGCCGGCUUCGACUGUCGAGAGGAUCGUGAACCUCGUAAGCUCGCGCCCGCGGGUGUCCAAGAUGGAGUUUCACGUCGCGCUCGCGCUCGUAGCACUGGCCCAGGACGGACGAGACCUGAGCGUCGAGCAAGUGCACCUCCUCGCGCAACAGAACGCGCUCCCAGAGCCCAAACUCGACCUCGCAGCCAUCUCCGCGCCCUCGACCCUCCCCUCCUACCCCAAAGCACCGAAACAGCCCACAUACUCCUCAGAUGAUCCAUGGGGGACAGCCGCCUUUGGCGCUCCAGCCCCAACCACGAACGGGGCCGGCCCUACGGCCGAAGCAUCCACGACUGGUGGCGCGAGUAUGGUUGCUGGGAGCGGACUGCCGAAGAACUGGUGGACGAGGCAGGAGAAGAUUACGGUCAACUUUGCGGGGCAGCAGGGGUUCUUGUUGAAUCGGUAUAUGCUCUAUGAGCUUGUUACUGAGCGUGGUGCACCGGUGACAAGACGGUACUCUGAAUUCGUGUUCUUGUGGGAUUGUCUAGUGCGGAGAUACCCUUUUCGACUGCUACCACAACUUCCUCCGAAGCGCAUAGGACCCGACGAGUCUUUCCUCGAACAGCGAAGAAAGGGCCUACAGCGCUUCCUGAACUUCGUCGUCAACCAUCCCGUCAUCAAGAUGGACGCCCUCCUCGCCACAUUCCUCGCCGAGCCUUCAUUCGAACAAUGGCGCAAACACACCACCAUCUCGCUCGAAGAAGAAUCGGCAGGUAAACGCGUCGACCGCGUAGAAGAGAUGACGAUUCCCAGCGACCUCGAAGACAAGCUCGCAUCCGUACGCGCCAAGAUCGUGCCAUUGAUACAAUCAUGGCAGAACAUGAGUGUUCUAGCCGAGCGCAUCAUCCGAAAGCGCGAAGCAGCAGCGGUACGGCCCCUCUCCACCACUCGUCCACCACCAGUCCCUCAUCUAGGCCUCUCCGCAUCUCUCACCGGAUCCUUCUACCCUUCAAAUCCCACCACUAUCACGACCUCAAACUCAACAACGGACUCGGACACCCUCUCCGUCCGCUCGCUCUCAACGUCCAUCAAAUCGCUCUUCACUUCGUCCUCGUCCAACGAUCCGACGGCCUCGAACGCGAAAUCGACCGGGUCGGAUAUGCAGGCUGAUCUGGCAAGGUUGACGAAUACGCUGAGGGCGUUGCCGGAGGUUCAGGGGACGUGUUGGAGGGGCGAGGAUUGUGAGUUGAGUGAGGGCGUUAAGCAGGGCGUUAAGAGGUUUGCGGGGCAUGCGCAGGUUCAUACGGAUAUGCUUGAGCAGCGCACUCAAGUCCUCCUAAACACGACCCUCGAAUCCAUCAAAUCCCAACGCGACCUCUACCUCGCCACGCGCGACCUCUUCGUCCGGCACGACCGACUCUCGUCCGACCAAGUCGAGCGCUUGAAAAAGCGCAUCGACACGACCAGCGUAAAGCUGGACGGGAUCAGGGCCGGCGCGAAGGACGGGUGGGAAGAGGAGGCGGAUAGGCUGGGCAGUCUGAUCGAGAAGGAUAAGGCGAUGAUUCAGGCGCAGUUGGGGAGGAGGGUGUUUAUUCGUGCUUGCAUGUGGCACGAACUCCGCGUCGUACUGCAUAAUCGCGAAAACACGCUUCUCACACAAGCAGCCCAGGCGUUCGCGAGAGAAGAAGCGGCUUAUGCGGACGGCGUGGCGCAUAAUUGGAACUCUUUGGUCGAGGCGCUCGAGGGGAUGCCGUAUGAGUGA